ACGAGUAGGCAGUUGUGGAUGAAGGAAAAUGCAUUGAUGGUUGCUGUCAUCCGCUUGGCACUCUUGUCUCCAAUGGCUGUGAGUGGCUGGACUUACCACUAUGGGACUCAAUCAGAGCUGACCUGGGAAGAUGCAAGGACGUAUUGCCGGACCUUCUACACUGACUUGGUAGCAAUUCAAAACCAAGAAGAAAUCCAAUACCUCAAUAAACACAUACCCCGCCAUAAAACAUACUACUGGAUUGGGAUCCGGAAGAUUAACAAUGUUUGGACCUGGGUAGGAACCAAUAAAACCCUGAUGAAGGAGGCAGAGAGUUGGGCUAAGGGCGAGCCCAACAACAAACGUUCUAACCAGGACUGUGUGGAGAUUUACAUUAAAAGGGAUUUGGAGUCUGGGAAGUGGAACGACGAACCUUGCACGAAAAAGAAGCGGGCAUUGUGCUACACAGCAUCUUGUCAGCCUUCCUCCUGCAGCCAGAAUGGCGAGUGUGUGGAGACCAUUGGGAACUACACCUGCCGCUGUUAUCCUGGCUUCUUUGGGCCUGAGUGUGAAGAUGUUGUAAAGUGCAAGGAGGUGGAUGCUAUCCAUCACCCACUAUCCAUAAACUGCAGCCAUCCUCUGGGAUACUUCAGUUACAAAUCCAGCUGCACCUUCAGUUGCGACGAAGGCUUUGAAAUGAGUGGGCCAGACACCUUGCAGUGCUCACCUUAUGGGAACUGGACAGCACAGAUGCCACAGUGUGUAGAUGUACAGUGCCGACCAUUAAACAGUCCUGCAUAUGGUGAGCGCCACUGUUCUCCCAUCCAUAGGGAAUUCCAGUACCAGUCUGUUUGCCAUUUUAACUGCAAAGAGGGCUUUGUAGUACAUGGAGCAGAGACCAGUGUAUGUGAAGCAACUGGUGAAUGGACUUCCCCAGAGCCAAUAUGUCAAGUCAAGCAAUGCAAAAAAUUAGAAUCUCCUGUGAGAGGAACAAUGGACUGCAUACAUCCAUUGGGUGACUUUGCACACAACUCCACUUGCAGCUUUGCUUGUGAAGCUGGAUUUCAGCUCAGUGGCUCAAAGAUCUUGCACUGCAAUGCAUCCAGUCAGUGGACAGCCCACGUACCCAUCUGUCACGCUGUUCAGUGCCAGCCCCUGGAGGUCCCCAUUCAUGGAAACUUCACCUGCUCCCAUCUCCAUGGGGAUUUUCAGUAUCAAUCCAGCUGCACCUUCCAUUGUACUGAAGGCUUUCAGCUGCUUGGAGAAGAGGUGGCUUCGUGCACAGCAAGUGGAGAGUGGACGUCACAACCACCAGUUUGUCAAGCGAUUGGCUGCCCAAAGUUGGAUACCCCCAGGAAUGGAGGUUUAAACUGCUCUCAUCCACACAGAGACUUUGCGUAUAGUUCGGUCUGCACCUUCUCCUGUGAUACGGGUUUUGUGCGAGUUGGACAGGAGAGGCUUCAGUGCUCAGCCUCGGGUCUGUGGACAGAGAAACCACCUUUUUGUGAAGCUGUGAAAUGCCACAAUCUGCAAAGCCCUGAGAAAGGGGGAAUGAUCUGCUCUCAUCCCAUUGAAGAAUUUGCUUUCCAAUCUGUGUGUGAAUUUACCUGUGAAGCUGGCUUUGCCUUGGAUGGAUUCAAAACAACAGGCUGCUUGGCAACUGGGAACUGGAGUGCCCCAUUACCAGUUUGUCAGGUUAUUGGCUGCCCAAAGUUGGAUGCUCCUAAGAAUGGAGGACUGAAUUGCUCUCAUCUGCACGGAGAUUUUGCAUAUAAGUCAGUCUGCAGCUUUUCCUGUGAUACAGGGUUUGUGCCAAUUGGACAGGAGAAGCUACAGUGCACAGCCCUGGGAAUGUGGACAGAGAAAUCACCCUUUUGUGAAGCCACCCAGUGCCCAACUCUGCAUGCGCCAGACUAUGGCCAUUUUAACUGCUCUCAUCCCCAUGGCGAGUUUGCCUAUGGCUCCAGCUGCAACCUCUUCUGCAAUGCUGGUUUCCUGCUUGUUGGAUCGGAGGUGCUGGACUGCUUGGCUGUAGGAAAUUGGACACAACAACUGCCGUCUUGCAAAGCUGUUCAGUGCCCUGCCCUAGGAACUCCAGCCAACGGCCAGGGAAACUGCUCUCAUCCACAUGGAUCCUUUGCAUUCAAUUCCAGCUGCGUCUUCUCGUGUGACUCUGGUUUUCGGUUAGUUGGCUCAGAGAUGCUCCAGUGCAUGGCUGAAGGAAACUGGACAGGGGAUAUGCCCACCUGUGAAGCUGUAUCGUGUCCCCAGUUGUGGGAUCAGGAACAUAUGGAGACAAACUGUUCCCAUACCUGGGGUUCCUUCCACUAUAAUUCAGUGUGCCACUUCCACUGUGCCGAUGGGUAUCUCCUCAAGGGAACAAGCAAUAUCGAGUGUCUGCCUGAUGGCCAUUGGUCUGCAGAGAUGCCUGUUUGCCAAGAAACUGCUGCUCCUUUUCUCAAGCAAGUUCUGCUCUACACCGGUACAGUCACGGCAUCUGUUAUUGGCCUGUUGGUAUCCGGAACUUUAAUAGUGCUAGUAAUACGACAUCUCAGCAAAAAAGAAGAAAAAAAUAAGCUCUUGAGUUCCACCAGUGAUUUGGGAGCACCUGGAGUCUUCUCCAAUGUGGCAUUUGAUUCCUUUUCCUAAGGAUGGACCCAUACAGAGCUCAUCUGAAGGAUGACCCUGGGAGAAGACUACAGAAAGGAUGGAAUUUUCCAAUUUAGUUUAGCUCUGCCUCUUGAGUUAAUGUAGAACUGGAAAGAAACUGGCUGAAACACCUACCUCUGCUCAGAUCUUGCUGUGCUGAACUUCUGUUCUCCAUCCAGCGGUAGCAUUUCAAGGAUGUUGCAUCAUUUGCUGUUACACACUCUGAUGACUGCAUUUUUCCUCUGCUGUCAGAUUCUAAACAACUUAUAAAGUUAAGAAACGUUACCACCUAAUGGCCUAGUGGAGAUGCUGUUGUUGCAAAGCCAAGUCAGUAUCUGUGGUGGGAAACUGCUUUGCUGGAAGUACCAAUCCCUCCUGUCAGCUAAAAACUGUUUUUAAAAAAUCAGAUAUUGAGUUUAGAACUCAGAUAUGGAAAUGCUGUACAGUCAGUAGAUGACCAGGUUGCCUCCUGCCAGCCAUUCCAGGUUACUACAUCCUUCCUUUAUUAUACCUUGCUCUCUAGAUUAGGAAAAGUUAAUCCUGAUCCAAGAAAAUAUCAAGAAUAAACUCAAAAGAACAUCAGAUGUGUUUAAUUUAAAGGGUAUACCUGGACACCCCUGACCAGUGGAAAUCUUAUUCAGCCAUCACUUUGGCUUCUGUGAUUACACCAGGAAUUGCUCAUACUACUUUCAAACAGAUUGCUGUAAUCAAUCAGGACUAGAAACUUGCUUUGGAAAAACUGAAAGAUAACAAUUCUCAGGAAACUGGAUUCAGCACUCAGUGCUACAUUCUGAACUUAUAUGGGAUUGCAAAACCACACACAGCUCUGGUUAUGUCUUGCUCUUUGUAGAUAAACUGAUUCUUCACCAUGUAAACAGAGCCGAUUGUCAAAGCUAUGAACAUUUUCAGUGUUGCGAUGAAGCCAUACAUUUGCUUCACAGUCCAACUCUCCUUUACUGCACCAAACCAAAGCUUAAAAGUUGGUUAAAUGAAAUCUGUUGACUAACAGUUGUUGGUUCUAAAUUAAAUGAUUCCAUAAUACACUGCUCCUUUCAUCACCAUGUCAAAAUGUCCUUAUUCAUGUUUCAUAGAAAAUUAUGCAGUAAUUCACAAAUAAAGACAAUUGUGGUUUGUUUUUAAAAAA